AUGAGGGCCGCGCCCGUGACCCUCCUGCUGGCGGCCUGCCUGGCGCUUGGGGUUGGGGUGGCGAAUGCCGACACAGACGCCAGGCUUGAGCUGGAGCCUGUCAUCGAGAUCAGCUCUGCGGCCGGCCGGACCCUUCUACAGGAUGGCAGCAGCCCUGGCGGCUACGGUUACGGCUACGGCUACGGCGGCCGCCGCCGCCUGACCCAAGCAAGCGGCGGCGAGGGCGCUGCCGGCGGCUACGGCUACGGCUACGGCUACGGCUAUGGCGGCCGCCGGCGCCUGGCGCAGGCGGCGGGGGACAGCAGCGCGGGCGGUUACGGUUAUGGCGUGUCUGGUCACCAGGGCAGGCUUCAUGGUGACGACAGCGCCACCAGCAGCUACGGCUACGGCGGCAGGCGGCUGUCUGAGGUGCAAUUAGAGCCCCAGUUCCAGGUUGAGCCAGGACUCGAGGACCAGCCAGCCGACGCGGCGGCCGCACCGCAGUCGCAUUCCCAGUUGCAAGAGCAGGAGCUGCGAGAGCAGCUUGUGAUGAUGGGGCAGCAGGAGCAGCAGCCCGCCUUCGCAGGCAGCAAGGGCGAGCAGCCCGCCGCCGCCGCCGCCGCAGCUGCCGGCCUGCGCAGCGUCCGCGCUGCUGCCGCGGCGGUCGGCAAGCUGUCCGUGCCACCCGGCCAGUGCUAUUGCCGCUAUGAUCAUGACUACAACACCUGGGCGCUGGCCGAGGAGCCCUGCAGGGCGGCGCUGGCCGCCAAGUGCGGCGCUGGGCAGCUGCCCUGCAGCUGGCUGGAGGCUUACUACACCGUCAGGGGCGGCGGCGGCAUGGCGCACACCCUGCCUCACGAGCAGGACAUCCUCGGCUUUGUGUUCGACGACUGCCAGCCGCACCCGCCUUGCGCCUGCGCAGGGGUCAAGUUUGACGGCAAGGACCCAGUCGCCGACACCUAUGCCUGCUGCCGCGACCUCCACGCCGCGUGCCGCACUCCCUUCGACGGCCUGUCGUGCAGCGAUGUGGACGCAUUCUGCAAGGACGACGCCCCCAGCCCCAAGCUUGCGCACUGGGCGGCCAACAAGCUGCACCGCGGCGCUGAGUGCGCCGAGUACAAGGGGACCCCCUACGAUUUCGUGCCGUUUGGUUCUGCCAUGACCAGCAAGCACGAGGAGCCGCCGCGCGGCGCAGGCGCCGCCGCUGAGGAGAGCGGCGCCGGCGACGGCGCCGUUGCAGCGGGGCUGGCGCUCAGGGCUGCCGCGUCUGAGGGCGGAGCUGCGGACGCCAGCUUUGGGCCGGGGCGCGUCGCGGCCGCUGUGGCAUGCCUGGGCGGCCUGCUGCCGCUGCUGCGCUCGGCCGCAGAGCUGUCAUCCCUCAGCGAGCAUGGGGAGGCGCUUGGCGACGCGCUGCACAUGGUCCGGAGCGACUCGAGCAACGACCACCUCGGCUCGCUGCCAGCCAGCAGCAGCGCAGGCGACGCAUCGCUUGAGGCGGCGCGCUUCCCUGGCCAGUAG